ACUGCACUCUCUGCAACACAAUCACACAUUCGCAAACAUCCAAGCUUUGACACAUCUGGCGGGCAGAAUGAGCAAACCAGGUCUCUCGUUUGGUCUGAACCUGACCAAGAAGUCAGCGCCGACAAAACCCGCGCCCCCCAAACGGAAGCCAAUGUUUGGCGGCGACGACGACUCCGAUGACGACGACGACAACAACAACAACAACAAAUCAAAAGGGACGGCGAUCACCGAGCUAGACGACGACAGCUUCGGCUUCGGCUCAGCAACCUCGAAGACCUCCUCAACAGCAACCUCAAAAUCCAAGAAUGCGAAAGCCCCUUCAUUACAACCGCCAGGCGGCGGCGGCAGCAAGAACAAGAAGCCCCAAAUGUCCAUGUACGGCGACCUCUCGAGCGCGCUCGAGUCGCGCAAGUACCAGGAGGCCGCGGAGGAGCUUGACCCGUCCGUGUAUGACUACGACGGCGUGUACGACUCGCUGAAGCCCGAGAAGAAGAUCACACCCGAGGACGCGGAGCGACGGCCCAAGUACAUGAAGAGCCUGCUCGCCUCGGCGGCGGUGCGCAAGCGCGACGCGCUGAUCGCCGAGGAGAAGAAGAUCGCGAGGGAGCGGGAGCUCGAGGGGGACGAGUUUGCGGACAAGGACAAGUUUGUCACCGAGGCGUACAAGAAGCAGCAGGAGGAGAACCGGCGGUUGGAGGAGGAGGAGAAGAAGCGCGAGGAGGCCGAGGCCGAGAAGAAUAAAGGCGGGGGGAUGACGGCGUUUUACAAGGAUUUGUUGGAGAGGAAUGACCGGAGGCAUGCGGAGACUGUGCAGGCCGCGGCCGAGAGGGCCAAGGAGGGUCCCAGAGAAGCGGCGAAUGGAGCAGAGGGCGAGGAGGAGGACAAGGUCAAGACGGAGGCGGAUCUCGCGAGGGAAAUGAACCGGAAGGGCGCUGGUAUUGCCAUUAACGAGGACGGGCAGGUCGUUGACCAGCGCGAGUUGCUUAAGGGUGGUCUGAACCUGGGCGCUGCCAAGAAGCCCGAGGUCAAGCGGGACACCGACAAGAGUCGCGACUCGCGAGACGACAGGUUUUCCUCCAAGGGCCAAUUCGCGCCGGGUGGCAAGCAGGCCAUGCGUGAGCGGCAGACGCGCAUGCUCGAGGCGCAGCUGGAGCAGUCUCUGAAGCGCUCCAUGCAAGAGGAAGCGGAGGAGCGGGAGAAGGUCGAGCGCGCCGCGAAGAGCCGUAAGACGGACUCGGAGAUCUCGAGCGCAAAGGAGAGAUACCUGGCGCGCAAGCGGGCGGCGGAGGAGGCCAAGAAGCAGGGCCAGGCUUGAAUAGCAGCACUGAGAUACAAUAUGAUACCCCUUCGAGUCCAUUGCCAUCACCCAGAAGAAGAAUAGCCAAGGC